AUGUGUGUGUGGGUGUGGGUGGGUGUGGUUACGUGUGGUUGUGUGUGUAUGGUUACGUGUGGGUGUGGGGUUACGUGUGGGUGGGUGUGUGGUUACGUGUGGGUGUGUGGUUACGUGUGGGUGUGUGGUUACGUGUGGGUGUGUGGUUACGUGUGGGUGUGUGGGUGUGUGUGUGGUUACGUGUGGGUGUGUGGUUACGUGAGUGUGGGUGUGGGUGGGUGUGUGGUUACGUGUGGUUGUGUGUGUGGUUACAUGUGGGUGUGUGGUUACGUGUGUGUGGGUGUGGGUGGGUGUGUGUGUAUGGUUACGUGUGGGUGUGUGUGUGGUUACGUGUGGGUGUGGGGUUACAUGUGUGUGUGUGGUUACGUGUGGUUGUUUGUGUGGGUGUGUGGUUACGUGUGGGUGUGUGUGUGGUUACGUGUGUGUGGGUGUGUGGUUACGUGUGUGUGGGUGUGUGGUUACGUGUGGGUGUGUGGUUACAUGUGGGUGUGUGGUUACGUGUGGUUGUGUGUGUGGUUACAUGUGGGUGUGUGGUUACGUGUGUGUGGGUGUGUGGUUACGUGUGGGUGGGUGUGUGGUUACGUGUGGGUGGUGGUGUGUGGCUACGUGUGGGUGUGUGGUUACGUGUGUGUGGGUGUGGGUGGGUGUGGUUACGUGUGGUUGUGUGUGUGGUUACGUGUGGGUGUGUGGUUACGUGUGUGUGGGUGUGGUUACGUGUGGGUGGUUACGUGUGGGUUGUGUGUGUGGUUACGUGUGGUUGUGUGUGUGGGUGUGUGGUUACGUGUGUGUGGGUGUGGGUGGGUGUGGUUACUUGUGUGUGUGGGGUUACGUGUGUGUGUGUGUGGUUACGUGUGGUUGUUUGUGUGGGUGUGUGGUUACGUGUGGUUGUGUGUGUGGUUACGUGUGGGUGUGUGUGUGGUCACGUGUGGUUGUGUGUGUGGGUGUGUGGUUACGUGUGGUUUCGUGUGGGUGUGUGGUUACGUGUGUGUGGUUACGUGUGGGUGUGUGGUUACGUGUGGUUACGUGUGUGUGGUUGUGUGUGUGGUUAUGUGUGGGUGGGUGUGUGGUUGUGUGUGUGGUUACGUGUGGUUGUGUGUGUGGUUACGUGUGUGUGGUUACGUGUGUGUGGGUGUGUGGUUACGUGUGGUUGUGUGUGUGGGUGUGUGGUUACGUGUGGUUGUGUGUGUGGUUACGUGUGGUUGUGUGUGUGGUUAUGUGUGGGUGUUUGGUUACGUGUGUGUAUGGUUGUGUGUGUGCGUGUGUGGUUGUGUGUGUGGUUACGUGUGGUUGUGUGUGUGGUUACGUGUGUGUGGUUACGUGUGUGUGGGUGUGUGGUUACGUGUGGUUGUGUGUGUGGUUACGUGUGGUUGUGUGUGUGGUUACGUGUGUGUGGUUACGUGUGGUUGUGUGUGUGGUUACGUGUGGUUGUGUGUGUGGUUACGUGUGUGUGGGUGUGUGGUUACGUGUGGUUGUGUGUGUGGUUAUGUGUGGGUGUGUGUGUGGUUACGUGUGUGUGGGUGUGUGGUUGUGUGUGUGAUUACGUGUGGGUGUGUGGUUACGUGUGGGUGUGUGGUUACGUGUGUGUGGUUACGUGUGGUUGUGUGUGUGGUUACAUGUGGGUGUGUGGUUACGUGUGUGUGGGUGUGGGUGGGUGUGGUUACGUGUGGGUGUGUGGUUACGUGUGGGUGUGUGGUUACGUGUGGGUGUGUGGUUACGUGUGGGUGUGUGUGUGGUUACGUGUGGGUGUGUGGUUACGUGAGUGUGGGUGUGGGUGGGUGUGUGGUUACGUGUGGUUGUGUGUGUGGUUACAUGUGGGUGUGUGGUUACGUGUGUGUGGGUGUGGGUGGGGUGUGUGUGUAUGGUUACGUGUGGGUGUGUGUGUGGUUACGUGUGGGUGUGGGGUUACAUGUGUGUGUGUGGUUACGUGUGGGUGUGUGUGUGGUUACGUGUGUGUGGGUGUGUGGUUACGUGUGUGUGGGUGUGUGGUUACGUGUGGGUGUGUGGUUACAUGUGGGUGUGUGGUUACGUGUGUGUGGGUGUGUGGUUACGUGUGGUUGUGUGUGUGGUUACAUGUGGGUGUGUGGUUACGUGUGUGUGGGUGUGUGGUUACGUGUGUGUGGGUGUGGGUGGGUGUGGUUACGUGUGGGUGUGUGGUUACGUGUGUGUGGGUGUGGUUACGUGUGGUUGUGUGGGUGGUUACGUGUGGUUGUGUGUGUGGUUACGUGUGGGUGGGUGUGGUUACUUGUGUGUGUGGGGUUACGUGUGUGUGUGUGUGUGGUUACGUGUGGUUGUUUGUGUGGGUGUGUGGUUACGUGUGGUUGUGUGUGUGGUUACGUGUGGGUGUGUGUGUGGUUGUGUGUGUGGGUGUGUGGUUACGUGUGGUUACGUGUGGGUGUGUGGUUACGUGUGUGUGGUUACGUGUGGGUGUGUGGUUACGUGUGGUUACGUGUGUGUGGUUGUGUGUGUGGGUGUGGUUACGUGUGGGUGUGUGUGUGGUUAUGUGUGGGUGGGUGUGUGGUUGUGUGUGUGGUUACGUGUGGUUGUGUGUGUGGUUACGUGUGUGUGGUUACGUGUGUGUGGGUGUGUGGUUACGUGUGGUUGUGUGUGUGGGUGUGUGGUUACGUGUGGUUGUGUGUGUGGUUACGUGUGGUUGUGUGUGUGGUUAUGUGUGGGUGUUUGGUUACGUGUGUGUAUGGUUGUGUGUGUGCGUGUGUGGUUGUGUGUGUGGUUACGUGUGGUUGUGUGUGUGGUUACGUGUGUGUGGGUGUGUGGUUACGUGUGGUUGUGUGUGUGGUUACGUGUGGUUGUGUGUGUGGUUACGUGUGUGUGGUUACGUGUGUGUGGGUGUGUGGUUACGUGUGGUUGUGUGUGUGGUUAUGUGUGGGUGUGUGUGUGGUUACGUGUGGUUGUGUGUGUGGGUGUGUGGUUACGUGUGGUUGUGUGUGUGGUUACGUGUGGUUGUGUGUGUGGUUACGUGUGGUUGUGUGUGUGGGUGUGUGGUUACGUGUGGUUGUGUGUGUGGUUACGUGUGGUUGUGUGUGUGGUUAUGUUCUCAAACCAGCAGAGCAUCCUCUCCAGAAGCUCCACAAAGAGUCGAAGAUUCUGAUAAAAGAGCCCUCCCCCAUUGGGGUUGACAGGGCAUGGAGGUGGUGCAUCAAGAGGCAGUUGCUGUGCACAAAAAAGCACGUUCGUCACCCAGAAGCUCUGGGGAAGAUGGCUGACAGGAGGAUCAGUGGGAGCCGACAUCAUGUGACACUUCAAAAUCCCUACAAAGUCAAAUCCAAGCACCAAACCUUGGGGGACCGAGCUUUCGCCAUCUCUGCUCCCACUCUCUGGAACUCUCUCCACCCUCACCUCUGGAACUCUCUCCACCCUCACCUCUGGAACUCUCUCCACCCUCACCUCUGGAACUCUCUCCACCCUCACCUCUGGAACUCUCUCCACCCUCACCUCUGGAACUCUCUCCCCCUCACCUCUGGAACUCUCUCCACCCUCACCUCUGGAACUCUCUCCACCCUCACCUCUGGAACUCCCUCCACCCUCACCUCUGGAACUCUCUCCACCCUCACCUCUGGAACUCUCUCCACCCUCACCUCUGGAACUCCCUCCACCCUCACCUCUGGAACUCCCUCCACCCUCACCUCUGGAACUCCCUCCACCCUCACCUCUGGAACUCUCUCCACCCUCACCUCUGGAACUCUCUCCACCCUCACCUCUGGAACUCUCUCCACCCUCACCUCUGGAACUCUCUCCACCCUCACCUCUGGAACUCUCUCCCCCUCACAUCUGAAACUCUCUCCCCCUCACAUCUGGAACUCUCUCCCCCUCACCUCUGGAACUCUCUCCACCCUCACCUCUGGAACUCUCUCCACCCUCACCUCUGGAACUCUCUCCACCCUCACCUCUGGAACUCCCUCCACCCUCACCUCUGGAACUCCCUCCACCCUCACCUCUGGAACUCUCUCCCCCUCACCUCUGGAACUCUCUCCACCCUCACCUCUGGAACUCUCUCCACCCUCACCUCUGGAACUCUCUCCACCCUCACCUCUGGAACUCUCUCCACCCUCACCUCUGGAACUCUCUCACCUCUGGAACUCUCUCACCCUCACCUCUGGAACUCUCUCCACCCUCACCUCUGGAACUCCCUCCACCCUCACCUCUGGAACUCUCUCCACCCUCACCUCUGGAACUCUCUCCACCCUCACCUCUGGAACUCCCUCCACCCUCACCUCUGGAACUCCCUCCACCCUCACCUCUGGAACUCCCUCCACCCUCACCUCUGGAACUCUCUCCACCCUCACCUCUGGAACUCUCUCCACCCUCACCUCUGGAACUCUCUCCACCCUCACCUCUGGAACUCUCUCCACCCUCACCUCUGGAACUCUCUCCACCCUCACCUCUGGAACUCUCUCCCCCUCACAUCUGGAACUCUCUCCCCCUCACCUCUGGAACUCUCUCCCCCUCACCUCUGGAACUCUCUCCACCCUCACCUCUGGAACUCUCUCCACCCUCACCUCUGGAACUCUCUCCACCCUCACCUCUGGAACUCCCUCCACCCUCACCUCUGGAACUCCCUCCACCCUCACCUCUGGAACUCUCUCCCCCUCACCUCUGGAACUCUCUCCACCCUCACCUCUGGAACUCUCUCCACCCUCACCUCUGGAACUCUCUCCACCCUCACCUCUGGAACUCCCUCCACCCUCACCUCUGGAACUCUCUCCUCCCUCACCUCUGGAACUCCCUCCACCCUCACCUCUGGAACUCUCUCCACCCUCACCUCUGGAACUCUCUCCACCCUCACCUCUGGAACUCUCUCCACCCUCACCUCUGGAACUCUCUCCCCCUCACCUCUGGAACUCUCUCCACCCUCACCUCUGGAACUCUCUCCACCCUCACCUCUGGAACUCUCUCCCCCUCACCUCUGGAACUCUCUCCACCCUCACCUCUGGAACUCCCUCCACCCUCACCUCUGGAACUCUCUCCUCCCUCACCUCUGGAACUCUCUCCCCCUCACCUCUGGAACUCUCUCCACCCUCACCUCUGGAACUCCCUCCACCCUCACCUCUGGAACUCUCUCCUCCCUCACCUCUGGAACUCCCUCCACCCUCACCUCUGGAACUCCCUCCACCCUCACCUCUGGAACUCUCUCCACCCUCACCUCUGGAACUCUCUCCACCCUCACCUCUGGAACUCUCUCCCCCUCACCUCUGGAACUCUCUCCACCCUCACCUCUGGAACUCUCUCCACCCUCACCUCUGGAACUCUCUCCACCCUCACCUCUGGAACUCUCUCCCCCUCACCUCUGGAACUCUCUCCACCCUCACCUUUGGAACUCUCUCCACCCUCACCUCUGGAACUCUCUCCACCCUCACCUCUGGAACUCUCUCCACCCUCACCUCUGGAACUCUCUCCACCCUCACCUCUGGAACUCUCUCCACCCUCACAUCUCGAACUCUCUCCCCCUCACCUCUGGAACUCUCUCCACCCUCACCUCUGGAACUCUCUCCACCCUCACCUCUGGAACUCUCUCCACCCUCACCUCUGGAACUCUCUCCACCCUCACCUCUGGAACUCUCUCCACCCUCACCUCUGGAACUCUCUCCACCCUCACCUCUGGAACUCUCUCCACCCUCACCUCUGGAACUCUCUCCACCCUCACCUCUGGAACUCUCUCCACCCUCACCUCUGGAACUCUCUCCCCCCUCACCUCUGGAACUCUCUCCACCCUCACCUCUGGAACUCUCUCCACCCUCACCUCUGGAACUCUCUCCACCCUCACCUCUGGAACUCUCUCCCCCUCACCUCUGGAACUCUCUCCACCCUCACCUCUGGAACUCUCUCCACCCUCACCUCUGGAACACUCUCCACCCUCACCUCUGGAACUCUCUCCACCCUCACCUCUGGAACUCUCUCCACCCUCACCUCUGGAACUCUCUCCCCCCUCACCUCUGGAACUCUCUCCACCCUCACCUCUGGAACUCUCUCCACCCUCACCUCUGGAACUCUCUCCACCCUCACCUCUGGAACUCUCUCCACCCUCACCUCUGGAACUCUCUCCACCCUCACCUCUGGAACUCUCUCCCCCUCACCUCUGGAACUCUCUCCACCCUCACCUCUGGAACUCUCUCCCCCUCACCUCUGGAACUCUCUCCACCCUCACCUCUGGAACUCUCUCCACCCUCACCUCUGGAACUCUCUCCACCCUCACCUCUGGAACUCUCUCCUCCCUCACCUCUGGAACUCUCUCCACUCUCACCUCUGGAACUCUCUCCACCCUCACCUCUGGAACUCUCUCCACCCUCACCUCUGGAACUCUCUCCACCCUCACAUCUGGAACUCUCUCCACCCUCACCUCUGGAACUCUCUCCACCCUCACCUCUGGAACUCUCUCCACCCUCACCUCUGGAACUCUCUCCACCCUCACCUCUGGAACUCUCUCCACCCUCACCUCUGGAACUCUCUCCACCCUCACCUCUGGAACUCUCUCCCCCCUCACCUCUGGAACUCUCUCCACCCUCACCUCUGGAACUCUCUCCACCCUCACCUUUGGAACUCUCUCCACCCUCACCUCAGAAACACUAA